UCGAAGUUGAUUUCUCGUUGAAAAUGAGUAAUCGAAUGGCAAUGAUGACUUCCUUCUAUUCAGUAGUUAUUAUACUAUACGGUUCAUUUUUUUAUACAAUGGCCAUUAUAUUGAUUUCCUACUUCGAAAUGCUUGGAUAGCCAUUUGGAUAGUAUGCACUCUAAUUCCAUUUUUAGAUGAAUUCUUUUCAUUAGAUAUUCGGAAUCCGAGCAAAGAAAAAUAGAAGUAAAUUUCAUAUUAGAUUAUUAUUAGUAAACUACAAUCAGAGAUGAGAUUUAUCUUUUUGUGUGGCAAUUUGGCUGCAUCCAAUAUCAACAUUGC